AAUUAUGUGGAUCAGUUACUAAACAAUAUAACAUCACGAAAUAUCACAUUUUCAAACAGUUUCAAUUUAUAAUUACAACAACCCUACAAUGAAGAUUAGAACUAAUCUGUAUUUAAUUACAGCAGUACUACUGACAUCAAACUUUUUGACACUAUGUGAAGGGGACGAUGGCCAUGAAUUCUCUGAUCACUUAGAUCAUUUAGAUCACUUGGACGACUUACAUGAUAUUAAUAAUUUUGAUGAUAACAAUGUAAUUCAUAGUGUUGAAUUAGUUCAACAUAAUGAAGAUGCAAUGACUAAAUAUGCAACAACAUCUCAUGCAAAUCAAGAAACAAAUAAAGAGUUAUUUACUAAUACGAUUCCUAUCAUUCAACAAUCUAAUGUUCCAACCACUUUUACAAAAGUAGUAAAAGAAACAGUUAUAAAACAAUCUAAUAAUGAUGGAAAUAAUUCCCCUAAACCUGAUUUAUCAAUGACAGAUUUAUUAUAUAGUAACAAUAAAUCGAAAGAAAAUGGAAUCGGUAACGCGGAACAUAUUAGUUUGCCACCAAUUCCUUCACAACAAGCAUCUGAUUUGCAAGGUAAUAUAAAAAAUAUAAUUCGUACCACAGUGACAAAAACUACUACAAGUGGAAGUCCGUCAAAUGAAUUAAACGGAUCUUUUAAUAUAGUAAAUAAUUUAGACGCACUUCCUUCAAAUCAUAUCUUAUCUACAAUGAGUUCUGCAAACUCUAAUUACGAUGAUGGAACUGCAGGUUCAAGUUCUUCUCAAUCUAAUUCAAUGGAUGAAAAUAGUAAAAUACAAACAAUUUCAACGACAGAAAAUAUAAUUGGUGGAAAUGGUUUUGGUAAUUCUAAAAGAAUAUCUCGUACACCAGGAGGUUCAUUCAGGCACAUGAAAACUACGAUAAUAAAACAACAUAAUAUAAAUGACAGCAAUGAUCGUAGUGAUUUGGGUAAAUCUACUAUGGAAUUCAAUAGAGAGAACACAUCUUUAGAUAAUAUUGUAUCGUCAAUGAUAAACCCUUCAGGGUAUAAUACAGUAACUACUUCAUCUGUUGAUAGGGAUAGUAAUGCAUUCAAUAAAGGAAUCCCAUCCAGGAGACAACAAACCCGUUUGAACAAUAUCAAUGGACUCAGAAAUUCAGUAUCUGAAACUGGUGGUCUUCAGAACUCAGGAUCGCUUGUACAAACCAAAACAACAAUAAUAAAAAAUGAAAGAGCAGCUAAUGAAAUUAAACUUGAUGGUUUGAACGAUGACAAAAUAGGUUAUAAUAUUAACGGUGGAAUGUCUACCUCAAAUAAUAUUGUAUCAUCAAUGAUAAACCCUAUAGAGUAUAAUACAUUAUCUACUACAACUGUUGAUAGGAAUAGUAAUGCAUUUAAUAAUGGAAACCCAUCCAGGAGACAACAAACCCGUUUUAACAAAUUCAAUGGAUUCGGAAAUUCAGUAUCUGAAACUGGUGGUCUGCAGAACUCAGGAUCGCUUGUACAAACCAAAACAACAAUAAUAAAAAAUGGAAGGGGAGCUGAUGAAAUUAAACCUGAUGAUUUAAAUGAUAUCAAAAUAGAUUAUAAUAUUAACGACGGAAUGUCUACCUCAAAUAAUAUUGGCAGUUCAAAUUAUAUCAUAUCUUCAAAUAAAAAUGGCAAUGAUAACAACGGUGGUUAUAGUUAUAGUUAUGGUUAUGGUAAUGGUAAUGGUGGUGGUGGUUUAAAUAAUAAUAUGAUUUCUUCCAACCAUUUAAUGGGUGGAUCUUCAUCUGGGGGUUAUUCUGCAUAUAUUAUGUCUGAUGGGUAUAGUAAGGGAAACGGAAAGGGGAAAAAAAGAAAGAAAAAUGGUAGUAAAAAAUAUAAAGGAGGCAGAUCAAAAAAUAUAUCAUAUGGAAAAAGUAAAGGGAACGGGCAAAUAAGAGUUAAAAAUGGUCGUAAUUAUCAAAAUACAAGAUCAUCAAGAAACAGAAGUGGAGGAAGUUCUAAAUAUUAUUCAUCAACUAAUUUUGUAAGAGGACCACAAAGUAAGUCUUUUUCAUCAUCAGCUAGUUCUUCAGAUGAGUUAUCUAUAAAAAAAAAACCAUGCCAUUGCAGUAAAGGACGAAAGUUAAAUAAAAGAGAUAGUAGUGAAAGUAAUGGAAGUAGUCAUUCAAAAGGACAUCGUGGACCAGGGAGUCAGUAUUUAGGUAGUUCUAUGGAUAAUCAACCAAUGCAAAAUAACGGCGACUUCAUUUCCGGAUUUCCAUCACCACUAUCUCCGUCCAUGGAACUUGAACCUCAACCAAAUUUAUUAUUUGACAUGGUGCAAGGGCAGAGACCAGACGGAUCAUUAAAUUACAGUCAAUCAGAUCUAAAAACAGUUUUUAAUGGACUAGACUCCAGGUUGAAAACCACUGGACUUGAGGAAACGAGAAGUCAACUGAUAAACGAUCAUCAAUUACCCAAUAUUGAUGUGUCAAAUCAAUAUUUAACAUACCAAAUACCAAAUACAGGUUCACUAUAUAAAUCAGAUUCUCAACAAGAACAAAAUUUCGGUCCACCUGGUCUAGGUCCAGGCCCAGGUCCAGGCCCAGGUCCAGGCCAAGGUCCACAUCCAGGUCAUGGCCCUGGUCCAUACCCAGGUCAUGGCCCUGGUCCAUACCCAGGUCAUGGCCCUGGUCCACACCCAGGUCGUGGCCCUGGUCCACAAGCGUAUCCAUUGGAUUCUAAACCAUAUUUUAUGGGUGACUAUCCAAAAUACUUUGAACAAAAUCUACGACCAUUAUCACUAUCACAAUCCCCAUAUCCUUAUUCAUUUAAUCAAGAUUAUCAUUCUGAUUUUUCAAAGAUGGGCUUAACUACUCCUGAAUUAACGGAUAUUCAGUCCGGACUAGGGAAUCAGAUAAACAUCUACGAUGACUUACCUCAGAUGCAACAAAACACUGAAGGUACUGGGAUUAAUCGAAUGGAUGCACUAAAUUCGGGAUCCAUGAUAACGAGUACUCGAAGUAAUAUGAUAAGAAACGCAGAUGGUGGUCCAAUUAUGCAGUAUUUCAAAACAAUAAAAAAAACAGAAAGUAUAGAUGGUAAUGGAACUCCAGAUAUGCAAAUUGUUCAAACUCAAUCAGUCCCACCCGAAGUUGAUAGUUAUGGUAUACCAAAUGUAUUUGAGCUUCUUCAAACAUCACUGGAAUUGAUUCUACAGAUGCUCCCGGGCUUUAAUGAAUCGGGCAUAAAUGCAUAGUAUGAGAUAUUGUUUUAAAUGUUUUAAUAUUAAAUUAUAAGUUACAACUGUAUGAAAUCAAUGUUAGUGGGAUGUUACAAGAAGCAUAACAAUUAAUUAUUGUGUCAAUUUAUGUAGAUUAUAUAUAAUUAACACUAUAUAUUUUAAGAAGUCCAAAAAAUUAAAAAAUAUAAACUAGAAGAAUAUUAUAUUAUAUUAUAACUAUAUACUAAAUUACUAACACACUUUAACACUCAGUACUAUUUUGAAAAGCCUCAUCAUAAUGAAACACCUGUUUAAAUUUUGAGUAAUUGUAAUAUUUAACUAACUUUUAAACUCAAGAGUGUUAACUACGGAUAAAUGUCUCUUAUUUAGUACUAAUACAAUUCAAUAUAAAUAUUAAAAGAUUUUAAUUUUAAACUCAAAUUUUUAUUUUGAGGGGCGCGAAAAAUGUAUUAGUUUUAAUAAUAUUAUGUAUGAUGUAUUAGCAAAUUGGAUAUAGUUUUUACUUUAGGAUAUUUUAAGUAGUAAAACUCCCAGUCAAUUUCAAAACAAUCGGGAAAAACAAAUACAAAAUUACUGAAAACUGGAAUAUUAUACUAUUUAUCCUCAACCCCAGUUAUUAUAAAAAUCGAUUUUAGAUUUUGUGUGAAGUUUUGAAUCAUGAUGAUUGUAAUGGUUUUCCAUGAUUAGCGGGA